AUGCUGGCCACGGUGGCGGUGCUGCGGGCGGGCAAGGCGCUGCGCGUCGUCAAGUUCCCCGACUGCGACCGGCACAUCCCGCGGCGGAUGUUUCCUCUACCUCUGCUGUACUUCGGGAACCAGAUCACGGGACUGUUCAGCACAAAGAAACUGAACCUGCCAAUGUUUACAGUCCUGCGAAGGUUCUCCAUCCCGUUUACAAUGUUUGCUGAAGGAUUUUUGCUCAAGAAGAAGUUUUCCUGGAGCAUUCAGAUGACAGUAUUCGCAAUGAUCAUUGGCGCGUUCGUAGCUGCGAGUUCUGACUUGGCAUUUGAUUUGGAAGGAUAUAUUUUUAUCCUCGUUAACGACGCCUUAACAGCUGCAAACGGUGCCUAUGUAAAGCAGAAGCUGGACUCCAAGGAGCUGGGAAGAUACGGUCUGCUGUACUACAAUGCACUGUUUAUGAUACUUCCCACCUUGAUCAUUGCCUAUUUCACCGGAGAUGCGCAGAAGGCGUUGGAGUACCCGGGCUGGGCAGACAUGUUCUUCGUGCUGCAGUUCACGCUCUCCUGCAUCAUGGGGUUUAUCUUGAUGUACUCCACAGUCCUGUGCACUCAGUAUAACUCCGCGCUGACAACUACAAUAGUUGGCUGCAUUAAGAAUAUUUUAAUAACCUAUAUUGGGAUGUUUUUUGGAGGAGACUAUAUUUUUACAUGGACAAACUUCAUUGGUCUGAAUAUCAGUAUUGCUGGAAGCCUCGUGUAUUCCUAUAUCACUUUCACAGAAGAGCAGAUGAACAAGCCCUCCGAAGCCGUCAGCAAGAUGGACAUUAAAGGGAAAAGCUCUGUGUGA